AGUGUUCGGGCUGGGAGUCCUUUUAAAGCAUUAAUUACAUAAUGACCAACAUGUGUGCAGCUGCAGGGUAAGCCCUACAGUGCCACCUGUUGGUCCCAAACCAAAUCAUGACACAGACAGGCCGAAAGUGUUUCCCUUGCGAUUUCCCUCUCGGUCAGUCUGGGCUGAUAUUCCACUGUUGGUAAAGUACGCGCUAGUAUGUGUGUGCGCGUGUAUAAGGGUGACGUGACUCAAAUGGAGAGUUCACAAGUGUGUUUGUUUGUGUCCACUGAGUGUGUGCAACUGGAGAGUGCCGCUCGGUCUUAAUCUGUCAUUGCCUCAUAUGGUUUGUGCUCGUGUGUCUGUCAGAUUUAGCACUCUGUCACUGGAGUUGCAGAUCAUAAUGUCGCUCAGGAAGAGGGCCGCCAAUUACUUUUUUCACUCAUGGUUGUCAACCUCUUUACAGACAAACAAACACCGAACCGUCCAGUUCCAGAAGGAUCAGCUUGUGAAAACAAAAGAAGGUACAAAAAGAACAAAAGGAAUUGUAGUGCAGAUGCCAUGUCUCUCAGUCAACUGCAGCGGGGCGGCGGUGGAAGCUUUGGAGGUGGUGAAUGGGAAGUGGGACUUGCCACUCUGGAGAAGCAGCUGAUGUGUCCCAUCUGCCUGGAGAUCCUCCACAAGCCCAUCGUCAUCCUGCCAUGCCAGCACAACCUGUGCAGGAGGUGUGCCAAUGAGCUCUACCAGGAGACCUGCAAGACUCACAAACAAAAUGUGUGCGACAGGUUCAGACGUAUCUUCUCAAUUCUGGACGAAAGACUUGUUUCCAUGUCAGAGCGAAUUAGCAAGGAUGAGGUUGAGAAGUCCGGCUCUGGCCAGCUGCUUACUCGUUGCUAUGGAGACAAGGUGGAGGCCAACAGGAAGCUGAUGGAGAAAGCAGUGAGUGCAAUGGAGGAUCCCGACAUGACAGUUUUUGUUCAGAAUUCCAAAGAGUUGAUCGCAAAGGUCAAAGCUGCUGCCAGUUCCAGUUUAGCUGAGACAGUCAGACCAAGCGCCGACAAGCUGAGACAAUUCAGAUGCAACUUCAGCCAGCAGGAGUGGGCCAUUGCUGCCAUUGACUUCAUCACACUUGAAGAUUGUACAAAACCAACACAAAAUACAGAAACGACAGCACCACCUUCGCAAACUGAAGAUGAGCCCACGGAAGCACCCCUUUGGCACUGUGCCCCACCAUUAGGACUUUCAGAAAGCUCCAUCCAGGACGUGGAUUGUCAGGAGGAGCAGCUCCCGAUCAAAGAGGAGGCAGGAGAAGCAAAGGAACUUUCUGAUUCUCAAGGCGAAAUGACGGCUCAGAUAGACACACAACAGGCUGUCAUCGUGCUCUUCUACCUGGUGGCUUUUCUGAUGCUCCUGCAGAAGGCUUGGUCUUGUGUGGGCUGCUUCAAUUACACGUAGCUUCAGCCGUUGUUCAUUGUCAUUGGGAGAGGUACCACUUGCAGUGGAGAAGCAACAACCAUACUGAUUCACUGGCCCUUAAAAUACAAUUUUUGGGGGGGAGGGGCCUAUGUAUAUAAAACACGGUUCAUUUAAAUCAGGGGUAGGCAAGUCCGGUCCUAGAGAGCCAUAGUCCUGCAUAUUUUUUUCCGGGAAAAGCAAAGUCCAUUGCUUGACUUGCAGGAGAAAAAUAAGCAGAAAGUGAUGUUUUACACAUUUGAACAACACUGACAAGUACACAAACUUGCUUGACACAACUCACAGCAACUCAGUAACAAACCAUGAGGCCUCAGUGAAAAUUGAACUCACGACACCUGGUUUACUAGACCAGUGCUCUAACCACUGAGCUACAAGGCCCUGCAUGCAUAUUGGUCGUUAGCAUUUUUGUUAACGUGCAACCAAAAGCACAGCCUCAAAUUACGAGGGGCCUCAGCAGUUUUUUUCCGGGAAAAGCCAAGUCCAUUGCUUAACUUGCAGUAGAAAAACAAACAGAAAGCUAUGGUCUCCACAUUUGAAAGACACUGGGAAGUUCACAGACUUUACACACAUGAUAGGAAGUCAGUUAUAUAGACCUCAGUGAGAGUUGAACUCACAACCUCUGGUUUACAAGACCAGUGAUCUAAUCACUGAGCUAUGGUGCCUUGCAUGCCAGUCUGCUGUUAGCAUUUUUCAUAACGAGCUACCAAAAGUUGUCCCCAAUAUUGGUGUAGAGUGAUCCCUCGCUAUAUCGCGCUUCAUGACACCACCUUUUUUUCCAAAGAACUGUACUCAGAAAAAAAAGCAGAAUGGCUCAGAGGUUUUGUACAUGCCUAUACACAUGAUUGGUUCCCGGUGUGAUGUCGACCAAUGACAGCAUGAUGGAUUUAUACCAUGAGCUGAUUGGCUCCGCAUCUUUGCAGUCCCGGCCAGCACCUACCCUUGUGUCUCGUCACGUUGACUCGUCAGUGUCUCAUCACACUGUUGUGGUUGCUACAUAAGCAGCUGAGAGAGAGAGAGAGAGAGAGAGAGAGAGAGAGAGAGAGAGAGAGAGAGGGAGAGAGAGAGAGAGAGAGAGAGAGAGAGAGAGAGAGAGAGAGAGAGAGAGAGAGAGAGAGAGAGAGAGAGAGAGAGAGAGAGAGAGAGAGAGAGAGAGAGAGAGAGAGAGAGAGAGAGAGAGAGAGAGAGAGAGAGAGAGAGAGAGAGAGAGAGAGAGAGAGAGAGAGAGAGAGAGAGAGAGAGAGAGAGAGAGAGAGAGAGAGAGAGAGAGAGAGAGAGAGAGAGAGAGAGAGAGAGAGAGAGAGAGAGAGAGAGAGAGAGAGAGAGAGAGAGAGAGAGAGAGAGAGAGAGAGAGACUGUCUUAUAAAAGUAGCACUUCUCUCUUAGCCUGCUCCUCAUCAAUACCGAUUCAUUGUCUUAUCAUAAACACAUUGGCUUCUCUGGGAUAGCUGACCAGCAACUACCUGGAGGCUAAAGGCAGCUAGACUGUCAGAGCGUAAAGCGACGGAAGCACAAGUCUCUGUCUCUCGAAGAAGGCAAUGCUGGUGAAUGUUAAUUACUGCAUAAGGUUUUAUUAUUAAAAAUUUAAAUAAAUACGUGUACAGUGGUACCUCUACUUACAAAUGUCUCUUCAUACGAAAUUUUCAAGUUAUGAAACGUCUCCACGUGAAAAUAUUGGCUCUUGUUACAAAAGAUAUUUAAAAAUACAACCUCCAAGUUUCUUGCAUGUAAUACACUCACAGCUGCUCUGCCAUUGGCUAUUACUGAGCAUCUUCCUGGCAUCCCAUUGGCGAAGAGGCACCUCUACUUUUUCAGCAGAAUCGACCUCACGACCCCUGUUUUACUAGACAAGUGCUCUAAGGUAGAGGCGUGUUGACACACUGACACACUGUGUUGAUACUGUGCUGAUACCCGGUUUCUCUGACCACUGCCAUCUGCUGGACCUAUCAAAAUCCCUGCAGCCAACCCACUUGACAGACUGAACUGGCUGAUUUGAUGAUGAAGUGUACAGAAUACUAGAAUAAUAUCAUUCACAUCCAUGCAUUCAUAUUGUAUCAUUCAAUAUGUUUCAAUAAUGUGAAAAUCAUGUGAAUGAGGA